GAGAAUAAUUCCGUAACAAACGUUUCACAGCAGCGGACGCGUGCAGCGGACAAAAAUAAAACGGCCGAGACAAAAGCAAAUAGUAUAUGAGAAAAGAAGCAACGCAAAGUCAACUAAAAGCGAAAAUCGGCAAAAAAUAAAAAUAAAAUACAAAGCAAACAAAGUGCCUGUGACUGCCUGUCGGCGACUGCCAAACUAAAGAAACUGCAAGUGCAAAUUAUAACAGCAACUGCAACUGCAACUGCAACGACAUGGACCAAGAGCAGCUGAAUGGCGCGAUGCGCAGCGUUUCUAUAAAUAGCAACGGACUAGCCACAAAUUUGAAUGGCCAUAACGGCUGCAAAGGCAACGAUGAGACGGACAAUGUGAGAGUUCUCGGUGGCAGCAGCAGCUUCAGCCUCAGCAGCAGCAGCGCAACGAGUAAAGCGACAAAUGCAGCGAACGCGUCGCCGACUGCGGCGACAGCGAACGCGAACGCGAGCGCAAAUGCAAAUGCAAUUCAAAUACAAACAUCAGCAGCUGGUGCGAGUGCAGCGGAUAAAAAGAAAAUGGUGCACGAGUUAUGUCAGCAGCUGUUGCUAUCCGAUGAGCAGGUGCAGGAGCUCUGCUAUCGCAUCUUGCACGAGGUGAGGCGUGGCCUGGCCAAGGAUACGCAUCCGAAGGCGAAUGUCAAGUGCUUCGUUACGUACGUACAGGAUCUGCCCAAUGGCAACGAGCGCGGCAAGUUCCUGGCCCUCGAUCUGGGCGGCACCAAUUUCCGUGUGCUGCUCAUCCACCUGCAGGAGAACAAUGACUUCCAAAUGGAGUCGCGCAUCUAUGCGAUACCGCAGCACAUUAUGAUCGGAUCCGGACUGCAGCUGUUCGAUCAUAUUGCCGAAUGUCUAUCCAAUUUUAUGGCCGAGCAUAAUGUGUAUUCGGAGCGUUUGCCACUCGGUUUCACCUUCUCGUUUCCGUUGCGCCAGCUGGGCCUGACCAAGGGCCUGCUCGAGACAUGGACGAAGGGCUUCGACUGUGCCGGCGUUGUCAAUGAGGAUGUUGUCCAGCUGCUCAAGGAUGCGAUCGCGCGACGCGGCGAUGUACAGAUCGAUGUCUGUGCCAUACUCAACGACACGACGGGCACCCUAAUGAGCUGCGCCUGGAAGAAUCACAAUUGCAAGAUCGGCCUGAUUGUCGGCACCGGCUCCAAUGCCUGCUAUGUGGAGAAGGUUGAGCACGCCGAGCUGUUUGAUAUGCACGAUAAUCGCAAGCCGCAUGUCCUCAUCAACACGGAGUGGGGAGCAUUCGGUGAUAAUGGUGCACUCGACUUUGUGCGCACCGAAUUCGACAAGGACAUCGAUAGCCACAGCAUCAAUCCGGGCAAGCAGACGUUCGAGAAAAUGAUCUCGGGCAUGUAUAUGGGCGAGCUGGUGCGCCUGGUUCUGGCCAAGAUGACCCAGGCUGGCAUACUCUUCAAUGGCCAAGGCUCGGAGGUGCUGUUCACGCGCGGCCUCUUCUUCACCAAAUACGUGAGCGAGAUCGAGGCCGAUGAGCCAGGCACAUUCACCAACUGCCGCCUGGUAUUGGAGGAGCUGGGCCUCUCCAAUGCCACCGAUGGCGAUUGCGCCAAUGUGCGCUACAUUUGCGAGUGCGUCUCGAAGCGUGCCGCACAUCUCGUCUCGGCGGGCAUUGCCACGCUGAUCAACAAGAUGGAUGAGCCCCAUGUGACGGUCGGCGUUGAUGGCAGCGUCUAUCGUUUCCAUCCCAAGUUCCAUAAUCUGAUGGUUGAGAAGAUAACGCAGUUGAUCAAGCCCGGCAUCAGCUUUGAUCUGAUGCUCUCCGAGGAUGGGUCCGGGCGCGGCGCGGCGCUGGUUGCGGCCGUUGCCUGUCGAGAGGAUAUACUCAAUAGCAAGUAAACGAUUGGCAAACGCAAUCGAAAUCGCAAUCGUAAUUGUAAUCGUUAUCGUUAUCGUAAUCGGAAUCAGCGUCGCAGUUGCUAACUAAGCAAACCCAAUCAAUUCGAUUCGAAUUCAAACAAGGUUCGAAUUCGAAAAUUCUUAAGGCGAAAAUGAGUUAGUUUCCUUUUGUCGCCGCUGCGGAGGCGCCACUCGCUGUCGCCAAGUAGCGCCAACGCGGGGCGCUUCUUAGUAUUUAAAUUAGGCAAGAUCUUAGAAAAAAGUUCAGCAAAAAAAAAACAACAUAAUGGAAUGUGUAUGCUUCAGCAAUUGUUUCUUUUCUUUUCCCUUGUUUCAUUAUUUUCGUUUUAUAAUCUAUCUCUUUCUAUAUCUAUCUCUUAAUUAAAUAAAUUAUUUGUAUGUCUAAUUUAUUUGGUUAAAUUAUCUAUUCUCGAUUUUGUAAGAAAAAAAGAAAAACAAUUGUUAAUAUAUUUUACACACGCACACCCACACACACCCACACCCACACACAUACACUUACGCAUAUUCAUACAUAUAAGAUAUAUGAUUUAAUAUAUCAAGCAAUUUCUUAUUAAAACGGCAAAUAAGUUAAAUGAAUUUUUCGAUUGCGAUUUGUCAAAAUUCACAUAAUUAAAGCGCUGAAGAGAAACGAAUCAGAUGAACAAGAAGGAAUGAAGAAAACAGGCAAAUCGUGUAGCGCGCUUUCAUGCGCCGCCAAAAGUGUUAUACUGUGCUACAAGCAUCAUCAUAUCCUAAUCCAGGACAAGACAAAUUCGAAACUACAAAAUCGCACAUUGUUAAUGAAAAUACUAAAAACAAAAAAGGAAAAUAAACAGCAAAAAAAAAACAAAAAAACAACUAAAAAAUCGAAAACACAGAAAGGAAUGUGUUUUGUAAUUGUAAAAUGUUUAUAUUAUAUAUUGUGAAGCGUUGUUAUAUGAUAAUACAGCUUAUUAGCCACUAUAUUGAUUAUAAUGAUGUAUUUUUUGCUUUGUUUAGAUAUAUAUACAUAUGUAUUUUUUUUUUUUGUUAUUAACUUUUAAGCAGCUAAACAAUUGUUUUAUAUUGUUUCUAUAUACAAACAUAUGCAUAUAUACAUACACACAUACAUACAUACAGUGCACAUAUAUAUGCAGAUGCGAGCUAUAUGCCUAGUUUAGUGCUUAAUUAUUAUGUAGUUUUAAAUGUUAUUCACGAAGAGAACAGGUCCCCCAUAAAGAGUCCUAUAUAUACAAGACAACCUUACAUAUGUAUGUUUACGAAGAGAGAAUGAAAACGACAAAAAAAAAGAAAGAAACACAAAUAAAAUAUGAACACAUUUGAUCAUUUUCCUGCUAGCUGCAAGCGUAAA